AUGCAAGCGUCACCUUGGAUCGAGCACAAUCCGCUCGUGGAGGAGACGCUGAAAGGAGGAAAUCGACGAUCCGCUGCACCUCCGGGCGAGAACUAUAGCAUGCACGGGACGUAUUUUCGCUCUGCUCUUCGUACUAAGCCAAAAUCCAAGGUCAUAAUUUUCGCUGCAGUUGCAUCGCUUCUUUCCCUUGCAGUGACUGUCUACUUCUGUCUUUCACGUUUAAACCAGGGGAACUCAAUGGAACUAAUGAGACGUCGGCUCGCCAACAGUGAUGAAGGCGAGCAAUAUAGACCUCUAGGGAAAGCUCAGGAAAAGUGCAGGAAUCUUCUGCUCUCAGAGGAGCAGGAAGGAAGACGAGAAUCUGCAGGCUUUUACCUCUCGUUGCUGCUUUCGGAUGGCCCAGAGGAUCGGAACGGCGUUCCCCGUAACCCCAAGAGAAAGCGCAGUAACUCAUUCGGUAAUGAACGGUUAAGGCAGCAUAAGAGACCGCUGUUGGAAGGACAGGAGAGUGAUGAAUUUGGAGCCUUUCACGGGACAGCAGAUCCGCUUGAAGGACCUUCCAUGGGCCCUGGUCCACUGAUAAUGGGUGGGCUUUACCCCAGUAGUCUGCAUGGUAUUCCGUAUCCGUAUGUAUAUACAUACCCACCACAAACUUCCGGAAAUUGGGUCUCCCAAUCACCAGUAGAAAUGCUGGGCUCCACAAGGCCGUUGCCGUGGCUGAACCCGUACGUUGAAGAAACUGCCGAACCUGAAACAUGGUUUCCAGAUCAGUUUGGACAUCCGGCAGGGUAUGAAUCAGUUGGAGGCACCAUAAGACAAUAUGAAGCUUUUCACGGCGCUGAGAAACAAAGUCCCAUUCUGGCUGCUGGUAAAAGCACAGGGCCGACAGCGAUCUAUGGCUCUGCCACAGAGGCCGACGAAACCAGAAGAACCACGCUGCUUCUUCCUAAUUAUCAGCCUAGAACAGACAACCCGAAAGAUCCUGAUUUUGCAGAGCCGGCAGAAGGCGGUCCUGGACUCCUGAGUUCAUAUAAUCUCUUGUCAAGGCUUAGUCUCUCAUCUGGGAGUACCUGGCAGUCGGCCCACGGAAACCUACAGAAGGAUCAUGGAGCCCAAACGGCAAUUUACGAUGCUGCUAAAAGUCAAUUCUUCCAUCCUGGUCAAGUACCAACGGACAAUACGCAGCCUAGCGUGCUCGAAGCUUCUGUGUCUCCCACAUCUUCUGAACCCUCUCCACCGUGUACAGGAGAGUGUUUUGAUGACCUCUUCUACGCUCGCCAUUUGUUCUAUCGUCUUCCCACGGCCGACAUGGGGGGGCGGACACUGGAGUUUGACUGGGAAACUGCUUUGCUAAAUCCUACUCGUUUAAGCCUUGUUCAGGUACUGAAGCCCAUUCGGCAGCAGUUGUUGAAACCGCGGCUGGACUACUCCGACCUUCGUACCCUUUUGCGAUUAGCCGAGAGGCUUGUUAGCUAUGGAGCGUGUACGAGGACUAUUGGGACUGGCCGCAUUUCGCCGGCCUACCUAGCAGGCCCACUGGGGCGUCGUUUUAUCACGAUGGAUUACCUGUGGAGCAUUUUCGAAGUGACUAAGGUCGAAACUAUUAAUCGACCUUGGUGGCAGUCGCUGAUGGAAAGACUGUCGGACGUAAACAGCGUAAUGUUCCCUACCGUUUCCCGUGCAGACAGCCGGUUCCAAUUUGUGUUAAGAUUGCGCUCCGCUAUGCAUCAGUACAAAGAAGGCAAGCGACCCCCAGCUCGUGAGGUAGUGGAGCUAAAACAGGAACUUUUCUGCAGGGAAAAUAGCCCAACAGUGUUUAAGCGCCAUGAGUGGGACCCAUGGAGGCAGGACAACAUCUUUGCACCAGAGGAGAACUAA